AUGGAGGAGAACGGCCGCGGGGAGACGCUCUGCAAGGUCUGCGGGGACAAGGCUUCGGGAAAGCACUACGGGGUGCCCAGCUGCGACGGAUGCCGCGGCUUCUUCAAGCGGUCGAUCCGCAGAAAUCUGGACUACGUGUGCAAGGAGAACGGGCGUUGCAUCGUGGACGUGUCGCGGCGCAACCAGUGCCAAGCCUGCCGCUUCACGAAGUGCCUUCAGGUCAACAUGAAACGCGACGCUGUGCAGCACGAGAGAGCACCGAGGAGUACGUCUUCUCUGGUCGCGGCGGCGAGGAGGGCGCCUUCAGGACUGUACACAGGCAUUCCUAACGUCUAUCAUCCCGCGGGCAGUGCCUAUCAUCCUCUCCUGUACCCCGCGUUAUUUCCUUUCAAGCCCACGGUGCCGACAUUCACCCCGUCAGUCGCGCACUUCUUGCCACGACCGCCCGCGGAAUCCUUGUCCAUGACUACCGGUAAGGAGGACGAGGUUACCAGUUCCGAGGAGGCCAGUACCGUGGACAUCAGAAUCGAGCCGAAAGAGGAACUAGUGAGCACUCGUUUGGCGCCGCCGGUCAUCACAUCCGUCCCGUCGGAAUACACCGUGCAAGGCUUGUCCUUGCUGCCGACCGAGAAUAUCUACGAGUUCGCGGCCAAGUUGCUUUUCUUCGCCGUGAGGUGGGCGAGAAGUAUACACUCCUUUCUGCAGCUCCCUUACAGAGACCAGACUAUCCUUCUGGAGGAAUCGUGGAGCGAGCUAUUCGUGCUGACAGCGGCGCAAUGGAACUUCUCCGUGGACGAGACCACCUUAGUACCGGUAGACCUGCCGUUGGAACGAAGGGAGAUUCUAGUUGACAAAGCGAGGAGGCUGAGGGAACUCUUAGCGAAAUGCGCCGCCUUGAGAGUCGAUCAUUCCGAGUACGCGUGCUUGAAAGCCAUAGUUCUCUUCAAGGCAGAAUCGCGAGGACUUUGCGAGCCGGGUCGGGUGUCGGCGCUGCAGGAGCAGACGGUGGCGGUGUUCUGCGAGAGGGAUGCACGCAGGGUGGGUCGAUUGCUGUUGCUUUUACCACCGGCGCGUGCCCUCUGCCGCGCAACCCUGCACGAAUUGCUGUUCAAGCCGACGGUCGGCGACGUCAGCGUGGAGCGACUGUUGGGCGAUAUGGUCGGCGCCCUCAGGCCCGCCUAA